AUGGAUUAUGGAUUGAGUCCCCUGUCACCUGGAAGUGAAACUGGUCCAGCAGUUGCCAAACUGGGAAAACUUGAGGGACUUUCCCCUCCAACAAUGGCCUUUAAAAUGUUCUUUGUGGGGGAAUCCCAACAGUUUCAUGACUUAAAUGUUAAUGAGUAUAGCCGUCAUCACUUUCACUUCUGUUCACAUCUUCUACUGAAAACAGCCACUAUCAACCACAUCUACAACAUGCUCAUGGCUUCAACACAUUGCUAUCACUUUGCCUUCCUAGUUUGGCAUGUGAUUCAUGGAGUUGCUGGUACUACACUACAAGUAGUGGCAGCAUGUAAUAAAGAUGUGUCACUCCCUUGUAAGAUUUUUGAGGAUCUACAAGUCACAAAUGGGGCAGUCUCCUGGUAUAAGAUUGGUGAAAACAGCAAAGCACUGAAGGAUCUGCAAUCUGAUAAGCAGCAUAAUGAUUCAAGAGAACUUAAUGAAUCCUUGGAGGCCUCUAAUGACACCUGGCAUUCUCUGAAGCUAAGAAACACUACAAGUUAUAGCAGUGGGACCUAUAAGUGCCUUUUAAGGACACCAAUUAGAAAACACAACCGAAGCAGUACAGUUACAUUAAAAGUAAUAGACUGUCCCAAAGAAUCGCAAGAUGCAAAACAUAAAAAAUACAAAACAGAACUUAUGUUGCUGUGCUCUCUUGGGUUUUUUUACUUGCUUCUCAUCUUCUUUGCUUGUACAUGCUUAAAGGAAAAAGAGUCUACAAAUUAUUAUAAAUCCAGAAUGAAACACACAGACAACGGACUUUACCACAUGAGUACCUGGCAAAGGGAGAACGUAUCGAAGGUUCUGCCCAGCUGACUUUUGUUGAAUCACCAAAGGCUCAUCAGUAGUAAUAACAACAUCAAGAUGAAUGUAUAGACAUUUAACGCACAUUUUCCCUUGGAGUAACUUGAAAGUCUCUGUAAUUUAUCAACUACUUGCUUCAGCAGGGAAAUAUUUUAGAGAACAUAGUUUCAUUCAUUACAGUAUGAACAUAUAUCAUCAGCAAUGCAAUUUUCAUACAAGGUUACUAUCCUAAUGUCGCCAUGUUGUCUUGUUUAUACAUCCUCACCUUUUCCUUCUGACUAGUGGUUGUUCUUAAUAUGCAAAACUGCUACAGAGUGGGUUUGAUCCUUGAACUUGGCAAAUAAAUAAUUGAUUGAACCACCUCUUUCAAUAAGCAUACACAGUGGCUGCUGCGGUACAAUUUUUCUGACAGUAAUGCUUCUUCAAAUGAUUGAUCAGUCAAUGAAAGGGAAGAAAGAUUACUGAAGCCUCUGUCUUAAGUGUAUAGCAUGACAGUCUGUGUUUAUUUCUGUAUGCAUUUGAGACUGUCAAGUAUGCCCUUUACGUGCUAGAAUGAUAGCAUACAUAGAAAUGAUUUUACAAGAGAAUAUUCACUGAAGAGAAGGUAUCUAAUUAGUAUUGCUACAGUUUGUCGUUUUUGCUGUAUGCCUUCAAUUUGUUCCUGACUUAUGGAGACCCAACCCUAUCACGGGGUUUUCUGGGGCUGAGAGUAUAUGACUCACCCAAGGUCAUACUGUAAGUUUCCAUGACAGAACAUGGAAUUGAACUUAGAUCUCCAGAUUCAUAGUUCAGCACUCAAACCACUACAACACGUUGGCUUUCGCUACAGAGUUACUAUCUGUUAAAAAGAGAUGCUGGAAUGCUUCAGACGUUUAUUUAGGUUUUCAACUCUAUAUUCACUUACUUGUGGAUACUACUUAACUUUGAGUGUGUGCAUGACUGUGCCUCCAGGUUGCCUGUUGUUUUAUGGUGACCCCAUGAAUUUUAUAGGGUUUUCUAAGGCAAGGAAAACAAGAGGUGAUUUUGCCAAUUCCUUCGUCUGAAAUAUAGCCUAGAGCACUUAGUAUUCAUUGGUUGUCUCUCAUCCAACUACUAAGCAGGGCUGACCCUGCUUAGCUCCAAAGACAAGACAGAAUCUGGUGCCUUUAGGGUAUCUGGACCUUCUAACUCUGAGUAGACAUAUAUAAUAAUAAUGCAGCCUAAGAAAAUUUUGCAAAUACACAUUUUCUCCCUGCAUGAUGCUGUAUUAUGGAUGGCUGAAAAAUGUGUUUGGGGAAGAAAAAACACUCAACCAGCCCAAUCCAACCCAAAGCAAAUGUUUGUUGACAUGAUUUGGAAAAAUGCUAUGUCUCUGAAAAGACAGGAGAUGGAAGAACAAAAACUAUGGAAAACGAGACAUUAAAAUAUUUCUGCUACAAGGGAAGAAAUUCAUAUUCAUAUAGACCCAAUCUUUUUUUAUUACAGUGAUAGUACAGUACUACAGUUGUUGGUCAUAAAAAGUUUUCAGUCAUAAGCAGUAGAUAUAAUGUACGGUACAAUGAGAAUAUUAUUCACAUAGCACCAUAGAUAGAUGAUUCCACCAAUCACCCCAAGUUAAUCAUAAUAUGCACCUUAUUUGAUCCUUGGGGACAGUAGACAUCACUAAUGAAAAUAAGUGUCAUCUGAUUUUGUCAUUUCCUCUUGCUCAAAAAGACUAUCCUUAUUAGUUUUUAUAUAUGUUCUCAAACAUGAUGGGUUCCAUAACAUGAAUGCAACAAAGAGACCUGUGGCAAACAAGUUUAAUUUGGCAUAAGGUUCCGUGAACUACAACCCACUUCAGCAGAUCCAUUCAUUCAAAGUAGGCUACUGUUUACAUAAGCAUAUAGCCGAAUAAAACUUGUUUUUAAUUUAAGCAGCCACAGUACUUUGUUUCUGCUGUAGCUGCCCACUACUUUGAAAAUAUAGCAUGGAUUUGUGUGUUGAAACUAGGACUAUUGAGAGCCAGUGUGGUGUAGUGGUUUGAGUGUUGGACUAUGACUCUGGAGAUCAGGGCUCCAUUGCCACCUUAGCCAUAAAACCCAGAAAAUUAACUUUGGGCAAGUCACAUGCUCUCAGCCUCAGGGGAAAGCAAUGGUGAGCCUCCUCUGAACAACUCUUGCCAAGAAAACUCCAUGGUAAGUUUGCUUUAGGGUCACCAUAAACUGGAAACGACUUGAAAGCACACAACAACAACAAUUGUUUGAUUAAAGAAACUGUAGCUUGUUAGCUGUAGGGGUUUUAACUAUCUAUUAAAUUUGUAUCAGUUUGUGUAUGAAUAAAACAAGACG